UUGCGACAGUGACGAGGCGUGCUGUGUUUUUAAGUGAGUGGGGAUGGCUAUUUAAGAAAAUAUACGAAAACAGGUGAGAGGAAAUCGCACAUAAGCCAAGCAGACAAUAUCGCAGGUCUGCAGUGAAACAGACCCCAAACCAUGGCCCAGGUGGAGAAGAAGGCAGGCUUGCUGCGGAAAUCGUCCGCCUCUAGGAAGCCUUUGAAGGAGAAGGUGGUCCUGAUGUAUGAGGAGAUCUUUGCGAGGGAAGACCCUGCAAAAAACAACCCGCGCUUUUGGGAAGAGCUGUUCCUGAUGAAGGUGAAUCUGGAGUACCUGGAGGGAAAGCUGGAAUCUCUGGAUGGAGAUGAACUGAUGAAAAUCAAAGACAACAUCAACAGCCUGUUCCAGCAUUGCAUUCAGGCUCUGGGAGAGGAGCACCAGAUCAGAGUUGUAAAUGCCUUGCAGACUCUAUGUGCCCUGUUUCGAGGGGUUCACCAGAAGAAUAAGUCGACAUCCGGCUUUGACAUCAUCAACAUGCUGAUGGGCUUUGACAAGGCAGAGCUGCGCAUGAAGGACUUGAUGGAGAGUUUGGAUACACUGCUGUGUGGUGAUGGAUCAGAAAGCCUAAAAAGCCUCUGUCUGAAGCUUCUUCUCUGUUUAGUGACGGUGACUGAUAACAUCAGCCAGAACACAAUCCUGGAGUACGUCAUGAUCAACAGCAUCUUCGAGGCCAUUCUGCAGAUCCUCUCCAGUUCUUCCAGUAGAAGGCAGCAUGGCUAUGACACAGUCGUCCUCCUGGCUCUUCUGGUUAACUACAGGAAAUACGAGUCUGUAAACCCGUACAUAGUAAAAUUGUCUAUAGUUGACGAUGAGACCACACUAAAUGGAAAGGGGCUGGUGAUCUCACAAGCCCUUUCAGAGUACAACAGGCAGUACAAAGACAAAGAGGAGGAGAACCAAGGGGGCUUUUUCUCCGCACUCACCACCAUGGUGGGCAGUAUGUUCAUUGCAGAUGCAGAGGAGAAGAUCUCUGUACAGACCAAUGAAGCGAUUCUUUUGGCCUUAUACGAAGCAGUCCAUUUAAACAGAAACUUUAUCACUGUCCUUGCGCAGAGUCAUCCAGAGAUUGACUUGGUGACGACACUCUCGACCCCGGUUCCAACCACGCCCACAGCACCGCUGGGAACUGCCCCUCCCUCAGUGGAUGUGAUGAGUUCCACAGAGCUGCCCCUUGACCCCAACCUCCAGACCAGUAAUCUGCUCAUCACCUUCCUCAAGUACUCCUCCAUCGUUAUGCAGGACACCAGAGACGAACACAGACUGAAUAGUGCCAAACUGUGCCUCAUCAUUCUGACGUGCAUAGCAGAGGAUCAAUACGCCAAUGCAUUUCUGCACGACGACAACAUGAAUUUCAGAGUUAACCUGCACAGAAUGCCCAUGAGACACAGGAAGAAGGGAGCAGACAAGAAUAUCUGCUCCAGACCCCUGGUGUGUGCAGUGUUAGAUCUGAUGGUGGAAUUUAUAGUAACUCACAUGAUGAAGGAGUUUCCAAUGGACCUCUACCUCCGCUGUGUGCAGGUAGUUCACAAGCUGAUCUGCUAUCAGAAAAAGUGCCGAGUUAGACUACACUACACUUGGAGGGAGCUCUGGUCAGCGCUCAUUAACCUGGUGAAAUUUCUCAUGUCAAAUGAGACCGUUCUGCUGACCAAAUACAACGUCUUUCACCUGGCACUGCUGGUGAUCAAUUUAUUCAACAUGUUUAUAACAUACGGCGACACCUUCCUGCCGACUCCCAGCAGUUAUGAUGAGCUGUAUUACGAGAUCGUCAGGAUGCACCAGGUCUUUGAUAACCUCUACUGUAUGGUGCUGAGGCUUUCCACGAAUGCUGGGCAGUGGAAAGAAGCUGCUAGCAAAGUGACUCUCGCCCUCGUCAACAUCAGAGCUAUCAUUAACCACUUCAACCCCAAGAUUGAAUCGUACGCUGCUGUGAACCACAUCUCCCAGCUCUCAGAGGACCAGGGUUUGCUGGGCCCUCCUUUGGAAAUGUUUCAGGCUGUGACCCCCCCCCCCCCCAGUACAAUAUCAUAAGAACUGACUGUACAUACUGCAUAGGAACCCUGUAUGAAGCAUGGACAUGCAAACAUUACGCCUGCUGUCAGCUGCUCUGGAGCCUUUCUAAAAGGGUGUGGGGUAACAGCGGUCAUAACUUUUAUUUAACGAAUAUAAAAUGCACUUUUAUUUUGACCAAAUUUUGCAACUGUAAAAUAAAUAACCAGGUUACACAAGAAACAAUGUGAAUUAAGAUUUCAUUUUGCCAUCAGAAAUGGAGGGAAGCAUUGACACCUUGCAUGGUAUCGGUACCGUCUACUUGCAGACUCCUCUGAUUUGUAAAUAAUGAUUGUAACAAUAAGGAGGGGCAUUGCCCAGCUACACUGGUCAAAGGUGGUUUUGUUAGUUUUUUUGUUCUGCAGUAGUUUUUUGUUUUGUUUUUUUAAAUGAGAAAGGGGUGAAGUCCAUGUCAAUUGAGUAUCCAAUUCCAGUCUUUUUGUACCCAGUGUUUUAUUGGUUAAACUAAGCCCUAAUCUUAAGUUUAUGCCAGUAUUUUUUGUGAUCAUGUGACCCCCCCAGCAAUAGCCUUGCUACCCCCUUUUGGGUCUUGACCCCCAGUUUGAGAAACACUGCCCUAAUAAAACCAUUGACCUCUAUCAAAUUCAUAUUCUAUUGCAAAGCUCUGUCCAGUAAGUACAUUAUGAU